AAAAACAGAUCGAUUGAAACUGCAAUGCAAUGCAACUCCACUGCAUGCAGAGGUACCGUUGAAUCUAAAGUAUUGAUUUAUAUCAACUGAUAAGCAGUCACCAUGAACCGUGAUAAACGAGAGGUCGAAUAUCCUACUGAACUGGAGUCUCAAUACAUUUUGAGAUUGCCCGAGGAACCUGCUAAGGUUUUACGCGAGGUGCUCAAAUCUGGUGAGAAUUUAAAGAAUCGCUUGACUAUACAGGUCGAAAACGACAUGAGACAAGGAGAAGUACGCUUCGAUCAUUGGCUCAUGCACGCCAAAAUCGUAGAUCUUCCUACCAUAGUAGAAUCACUUAAAACUAUCGACAAUAAGAGUUUUUAUAAAACUGCCGAUAUAUGCCAAAUGAUGAUAUGUAAAGACGAGCCGGAUUUACCCACAGUGGAAGAGGAAUCUCCAACUAAAAAUAAGAAGAAAGAUCCUUACAAAGUUGACAAGAAGUUCUUGUUUCCGCAUGGUAUUACGCCACCAACGAAAAAUGUGAGAAAGCGCCGUUUCAGGAAGACAUUAAAGAAGAAAUUCGUUGAGGCUCCUGAGGUUGAGAAAGAGGUUAAGAGAUUGUUACGAGCAGACAAUGAGGCUUUCAGUGUAACUUGGGAAGUCAUAAAAGAGGAAGAAGAAGUAGUUAAACAUGAACCGAAAGCAAACACAAAAGCCGAGAAGAAAUCUAAAGCGGCUCUAAAGAGGGAAGCAGCAUUACGGCCAGUCAAACCGGAAACUUCAAACGUGGUUGACAUAUUCGGUGGAGCUGUCAGCGAUAGUGAUUUGGAAGAUGAGAAUAUUAAUGUUGAAAUGGAAGAUAGCCGCUUAUCACCAUAUGACAGCCGUUUAUCAGAUACAAACUCGAUGUUCAAUGAGUUAUCUAAACGAGAAUUGCCUGUUGAGUAUGAUAUGUUUUCUCGUAAUCCGGAAACCAGUAGUCAUAGCCGUUCUUUGACUCCUGCGGUGGCAAGGAGUGGUAUGUCAUCUGAAGAUGACGGGGAAUUUCAUCGAGAUAUGACCAAAGAUAACAUGACUGGGAGAAUCGAACAACUCCGAACAGAAUUGGAGGAAUUAAAGCAACGUAAACUGAAAACUCAGCAAGAAAUUGCAGGAAUGGAGAACCAAGCAUUACGGCAAAGGUUUUCGGAAGCAUUACAUUCCUUAAAUAAAGAUAUAAUGUAUAAGGAGAUGGAAUAUCAGGGGUUAUUAACCCUUCAGAAUUCAGAUGAUAUUUAAAUUCUCAUACUAUAUAGUUGCUACUGUACUAUUGAUAUAUAACUUACGUUUGUUAAAUAUAAAAUUAGCUUAAAUGUUAAUUGAUAUUUCUUAUUCACAAUAAUAAUUAAUACUGCUAUAAUACAAUUUUGGCGAAAUUUGAGCCACAGAUAGAAUACACCUUUAGAAAUAACAUAGGCUACUGCAAAUUUGCAACUAUAUAACGAAUUUCGCAAAUCGCUGUUACUGAUUUAAGUUAUAACUAACACGUAAUACCCAAACAUAACUGAUAAAAAGGUACAUAUAUGUUAAUCAAUAUACAAUAAUAAAUGUGGUCAUA